CUGUGGCAACGUCGAAACGAUCCUUUCCUUCCUUGACCCUUCUCUCUUUCUCAUCGUACUAGGAGUUUGCGUCUUCUCGGAACCCUAAUCUGGGCAAUACCGCGCACAUCGGGCAUCUCUUCUUCCGAUUCUUUCAGGCUCAGGAUUAUCAUCUGAAAUGGCAUCAGUGUCUAGUCAACCACAGUUCCGGUACACGCAGCCUCCAUCCAAGGUGCUUCAUUUAAGAAACUUGCCGUGGGAGUGCACAGAAGAAGAACUGAUUGAACUUGGGAAACCAUUUGGUAAAGUUGUGAACACAAAGUGCAAUGUUGGUGCAAAUCGGAAUCAAGCUUUUAUCGAAUUUGCAGAUCUGAAUCAAGCCAUUGCAAUGAUAUCAUAUUAUGCAUCAUCCUCGGAGCCUGCUCAAGUACGGGGAAAAACUGUGUAUCUACAAUAUUCUAAUAGGCAAGAAAUAGUAAAUAACAAAACUGCUGCUGAUGUUGCUGGAAAUGUACUGUUGGUAACAAUUGAGGGUGCUGAUGCACGCCUUGUCAGCAUUGAUGUUUUGCACUUGAAGUGGGGGAAAUUUUAUGUAUUUUCAGCCUUUGGAUUUGUACAUAAGAUUACUACCUUUGAAAAGACAGCAGGAUUCCAGGCCCUGGUGCAAUUUUCAGAUGCAGAGACAGCCACUUCCGCAAAGGAUGCUUUGGAUGGUAGAAGCAUACCUAGGUACCUGCUUCCUGAGCACGUGGGACCAUGUAACCUCAGAAUUACGUAUUCUGGACAUACAGAUUUAAGUGUUAAGUUCCAAAGCCACAGGAGCAGAGACUACACAAAUCCUUACCUUCCUGUUGCUUCGUCAGCCAUAGAUGGAAGUGGACAGUUUGGUGUGGGUUUGGAUGGGAAAAAGCUAGAGCCUGAGAGUAAUGUUCUUCUUGCAUCUAUUGAAAACAUGCAGUAUGCAGUAACCUUGGAUGUCUUGCACAUGGUUUUUUCUGCUUUUGGGCCUGUCCAAAAGAUUGCAAUGUUUGACAAGAAUGGUGGUUUACAGGCUCUGAUUCAAUACCCAGACGUACAGACUGCUGUUGUGGCCAAGGAAGCCUUGGAAGGCCACUGCAUUUAUGAUGGGGGGUUUUGCAAGCUACACAUCUCAUAUUCGCGUCAUACUGAUCUUAGCAUAAAGGUUAAUAAUGAUAGGAGCAGAGAUUAUACCAUUCCUAAUGCACCACCAGUUGUGGACGCCCAGCCCCCUAUAUUGGGGCAACAUCCGGUCCCUGUGGGAGGUCAUGCUGUUCAAUACAAUGGGGUUCAGUAUGCUGCAGGCCCUGAGCAGCCUGUGAUGCACCAGCCUCAGGCCGGAUGGGCUACAUCCGCUGCUCCAGCGGGACCUCAAUCUAUGCCGCCACAUAUGCAGAAUAAUCAUUACAUGCCACCUGGCUCCAUGCCGCCUCCGAUGGCCCCUGGAAUGGUGCAAUAUCCAAGCCAUAGUUCAGUCCCACCUACAUCAACAAUGCCUGCCUAUGGAUCUGGUCACAUCCGAUAGUAUGUCUCUCACAUGAACCUCAAGUAAACGCAGAACUAGAGCUCUGAAUUUUGGGUUCAACUGCCCUGCACUGGCCUGACAUGAUUAUGAGUCCGCGUAGGCCGCGUUUUAUCUGCCCCUCUUCGUUUUUCCUUUUUCUCUCUUCUCUCCUUAUCUCUCGUUGCUUUUGAGAUUUGGGAGUUCUGUAAGCAAUUGGUGUGGACCUUCUAGUUGACUCACAAAUGACAUACCAUGGAACAAGUUCAUUUUUAAUUUAUUUUCCUCCCGUCCGCUGCCCUUAUAAUUUCAAAACUCAAAGUUCAAUGACGUGAUAUGUAGCCAAGAAUUAUUAUCAGUCUUUCUUUUGGGUGGAUUUUUUUGGUAGCUGAAUGAUGUGAAAGCAGUUUGUCCGAGUGUUAAAACAGUUUAUGGGAUGGGGUUGUCAGCGAGGUUUGUUUAUACUUAAUCAGAAAUUGUGUAUAUAUCCCUAUUGUUCUACAUUAUUAAACUUGCUUCCGCUUCUAGGAUUUUUCAAGGAA